UAAUCAAACUUGACUUAUGACCUAUGUGACCUCGUGGUCGGUGACAAACCGUUACCAUGGUUACGGCGUCACAACAAAUGGGAGUUUAAUAAUUUCGGAGGAAUUGACGGUGGUCUUUUUGAUUUGCAAGGUGCAGAAUGUUGAGUUCGCGUUAUUAUAGUGCGUCGCGGCUGGGCACGGACGCCAAGCCGCGGACCGCCAUGCUCGUGGACGAGGACGACGAGCUGUACGCCGGCUUCAACGACGUGGCGCCCGCGCUCGACACGCGCAACCUGCGACACGACCAGGACUUCCAGGACACGCUGCGGACUGCCGGCAUCGGCCGCAAGCCGCCCGCCAGGGUGCCCACCGGGAUGAUGCGCAUGAGCACGGUGAGCGUCCGCGGCAACAGUUCGCGCGCGGCCACCGCGGCGCGGCCCGUGACCGCCGUGCGCGCCGCUGGGUACACGUCCACCACCCGCGACAUACCCACGAGGGAUGAUGUCAAGGAGGAUAGUAUUGAAGAGCGGGUAAAACAAAUGGAAGCUCGUAUAAUGACGCUGGUGGAAGAGUCGUGCAUGUUGAGUGCUCGCACCGAUCCUGAUGAUGAUAAUGCACCGAAGAAGGACGUCGAUUUAGGGCAGGCUCUGGCAAAAGCGCAAGAAGCAUCGGCGUUAGAGAGGCAACUGAUACGCAUGCAAGAACAGGCCAAUGUAGGAGACACGCACAACUUGGAUCUCACAUUUGCUGUUCUAUGCAAUUUGGCAGGCCAGUAUGCGCUCAAUGAAAUGUAUACUGAAGCGUUGAAUACAUAUCAACUACUCACUAGAAACAAAUUGUUCCCGCACGCCAAUAGACUCAAGGUGAACAUGGGAAAUAUUUAUUUCAAAAUGGGAGAGCAUCCUAAGGCGUUGAAAUUGUAUAGAAUGGCACUGGAUCAAACUCCGACAGCUGAAAAAGACUUAAGAAUGAAGGUGAUGCACAACAUUGGUCUGCUCCUUGUACGCAUGGGCAAGUUCCGAGACGCUGUAACCAAUUUUCAACAUAUUAUGCAUGAACAGGGAGACUUUCAGACUGGUUUACACUUAGUACUAUGCUCAGUGGCGUUGAACGACGCUGAAGGUGCCAAAGCAGCUUUCCACGCGAUGUUGGACGUGGAGCCGCCCACUUUUCAUCAGGACAUCACUAUUGAUGAUGAGAACGACGCGUACGAGUGCGUGGUCCGGGACGUGGUCCGCGGCGACCGGCUCGCGCGCUGGUCCCGCCGCGCCGCCGCGCACGCCGAGCGCUGCCUCGCGCUCGCCGCCGCCGCCGCCGCGCAGCGCCCCGCCUCGCGCGGACCCGACUCGGGCGGCAUGUCGUGGUGCGUGGAGGCGCUGCGCGGCUACAGCGGCGGCGCGGCGGGCGCGCGGCUGGAGCUGGGCGGCGCGCUGGCGGCGCUGCGCUCGCUGCGGCCGCCCGCCGCGCCCGCCGCCGCGCGCGCGCUCAUGCGCCUCAAGGCCGUGGCGCGCGCGCACCCGCACGACCGCGUGCUGCGCGCUGAGGCCAACACCGACGCUGCCUUCGUGGCCUAUGCGUUGGGCAACAGUACGGAAGCCCUGCAGCUGAGUGAAGCCGCAUCUCGUGACGACCCGUACGCGUGCGCGGCGCGUGUGACGGGCGCGCUGGCGGCGGCGCGCGCGGCCUCCGCCCCCGCCUCGGGCCCCGCGCCGCCGCCCAGCCCCGCCGCGCCCGCCUGGCGCAAGGCCGCCGACCAGCUGGCUGCUGCCACACACCUCGACCCUGCUGAUCUUAUAGCUGCACACGAUCUUGCGCUAGCCCUGGAGCGCACCGGCGAGGAGUCUGCGAUGAGCGGCGCCAUAGCCCGCUGGUCGCUGAUCCGCAACGCGAGCGGCGCGGGCGCCACGCUGCGCGCGCUGGCGGCGGCCGGCCUGGCCAGACAACACCGCGCCAGGCAAGAUGCCGCCGCCGCUGACCACUGGUACAGUCUCAUCGGAAGCUGGGACGCGGGAGUCACGUGUGAACUUGCGCAACUGCAUAGUGAGAUGGGUGAUACUCAGACUGCCAAACACCAUUACCAAGACGUGGAAGCAGUGUGGCCGUGCGAGCUUUCGGCGUUGGAGUGGCUCGCCAGCGAGGCGCAGCCCGACGUGGCGCUGCAGUACUACAGGAGAGCCGCCAGACUGCAACCCAAUAACCCACAAUGGGGUUUACUAAUGGGAGCAUGUCUCCGCGCUAGCGGACGGUAUCAGGAAGCUUUAACUCUGUACAAGAAGAUGAACGCGCGAUUCCCGGACAAUGUUCAGUGUUUGAAGCUGAUAGUCAAAUUAUGUGGAGAUCAGGGACUUGAGGAGACGACUUCGUGGGCUCGAGAGUUGCAGCGAGCACAAGCACGAGUCAAACAAAAAGAACAAGUAUCAGUUACGUCAGCCGGAAGUAUUUCCUCCGGGGCCAGCCAGUCGCCGAUCGACCAGAUCAGAGGCGGCAGCCGCGUGGACAGCGCGCCGGGCGCGGCCGCCUCGCGCCGCUCUAGCGACGCGCGCGCCGACAACACCUACACGUUUACAACUACGCCGAACCAGGACGGCUUACAGCCGGCCAGCCGUGCCAUGAACCGCUCCGACGUCCGGAGGAAACAUGUAGAAGAGUUUGACGACGAUCUACCUCUGCCGCCAGAAUAAAUAUUAACUAUAUUCUUUAAAUGUUUAUAAUUUCACACUUUUAGUAUUAAAUUGAGUAUAUGAAAAUGUGAUUUUAGUCAUACGCCCUA